AUGGAAGAGAUACGUCAGGCAGCACACAACGGUUCAAUCGAUGUGGGCGCGAGCUUAUCAACACCGCAAAAGGAAUCAAACUUGAAUUUGCGACGUAAAACUUUAUAUUGGAAUCGUGCUUCGUUAGUGUUAUUUUUAAUACCAUGGAAUCUGGACUUACUGCGUGGACUACUAAAUCAAUCUACGGCCAUACGCUUGAAUUCCGCUACUCGACGCAUAAUUUUCAUGCUAGUUUUUGCGCAAGGUGGUGCUUUGAAUAUUCUUUUCUCUAUAACAAUGGCGAACUGGUUAACUAUGCCGCCACACAAAACGCCAAUUGAAAGUUUUGACGAUGUUGCUGAGCGCAAUCUACAAAUACAAGUUCCAGAGCCUGAUAUCGCUGAGAUUAAAUUCUAUUGUGGUGAAAUCUUUUGGAAUCAACAUAAACGACUGUUCCAUAUAGUGAAAUCAGUUGAUGAGUUCCAGGAAAAUAUACGCAAGAUGGACAAACGUUACGGUUAUUUGAUAAACACUUUGAAUUGGCCGAUAAUCGAGCAACGUCAAAAAUAUUUUAAGCAUCCCUUAUUUCGUCUAUCGGAAAGUCUUUAUUACACCAAGGGUUCCUUACUCAGCCUGCCCAUAAGUGAAAACUCCAUGUACAAGGAUCUGUUAAGUCUUUUCAGCUUGCGUUCACGUGAAGCGGGUUUGUUGGAUUAUUGGUAUAAAAGAACUUUCUACACGAUGGUCUCCAUUGGACGUUUCAAUCUUACAGAUCUCAGUAAGAAUUAUAAACAUGAAGUGCUGACUUUGAAGGAGUUCGAAUGGGUUUGGAUCACCUAUAUAUUUGUGACAUUGUUGCAAGAACACACGGCACUGCCACAACUGAAGCACGCACGCUGCAGCAUUGCAACAAAUAUUUCCUAUGUCCGCAUUGAAAUCUGUCAACGGCUUCCAGUAGCCACCGUCAGUGUGAAGGCGAAUGUGUACGUGCGGAUCGGCGAUCGACAGUCGGCAGUCGAUAACCCCCGCUGUGGCGUGCCGAACUCGGAACCUGCAAAAGCAGGUUACCUACCAAUUGGCCGUAGCAACAGUGGCGGUGGUGGUGGUGGUGAUUUAUGA